UAAGUUUGAAUUGGUAUCCAAAUGAGAGCCACACAAUUUGAUUGGGUAAUAUAUCUUAAAAUUCAAGGUUCUUUUUUAUUCUGUUUUUUAGUGUUUUUUUCUUGCAAUUUGUUAUUUUGGGGGAGAAAUAAAACCAGGUGAUUUUUCACAGACCCACUUUUGCUGAUUGCAUUCCUAUGGCAUAUUUUAAAUGUUUGUUCUGGCCUUGGUACUUCCUGUAAAUUGAUGAUCUUAGGUCAGGUUCAAUUUCUUUUUUUCCUAAGACUACUUCAUAAGGUAGCAGUAAGUUUCCUCAGGAUAUCAGAGGUACGUGAUACAUAAUAUCUAAUUGCCUCUCUUGGAAAUGAGGCAAUGCUUUAUUACUUACUCUAGAAUUGUAAUACUAAUUAAUGGCAUUGAAAAUUUCAUUUGUGAUUGAUUGAGGUGUAAGAUACACUAAUUGAGGUUCAUCUUUUUAACAUGAAUCUAUUUCUUCAUACCAUUAUUUUAGAGCAGCUUUACAACAUACAGCUUAUCAUUUUUAAAAACAAUUGAAGAUGUUUAUCCCUAAGCAAAUGAUGGUUUUAUUCUUUGAAUAAAACAAUAUAAAGUAUCUGAAAAUAUUAAAUUUUUAAUAGCCUGUAAAAAUAAUAAUCAUGUUCAAUUAUUGUGUCUUACCUUCAUAUUUCACCUUGUUUUAGUUUAUAUAUUGUAUUGGAAAAAUCAGUCAUACUUAUUUGACCCAAGAAGUCAUUGUCCACCAAAUGGUUAGAUGAAAAUGAAGUAAAAUGCUUAGACUAGAGACAUUUGCAAACACAUAUAGAUUACUGAGGUAGUUAGAAAACAUGAAAUGCAUGCAUAUUGGUCUUAAUAUAAAAUGUUACAGAUAUUUAAAUGUUUAUAAUUUUUGAUACAUUAAAAAUUCCAGUAAGCUAAUAUCCUUAAAUGUUAUCUCUCUGAUAUUUUUGUCACCAGUUGCCAUAAAUUUAACUCAUAGUAGUAUUCGCCAUAUAGUAGUCAUUCAAGAAAUAAGGGAAAAAAUAUUUGAUAUUACCUACUGCUUAUAAAGUGUGUACUGUAGCCCCCUUCUGCACUGUAAGCUCCCCGAGGCGCUCCCUGCCACGCCACACCCCGCCCCAUGCUGUCCCAUGCUCUGGCUCGCGCUCUGGUUCCCACCUGGCCUCUGGCCCACGGCAUCAGGCCCUCGCUUUCCAGGUCUGGCCCACAGCCCUUCUCUUCUAUUUUUCAAGUCCCUUGUGGGCAAGGAUGUGGUCGUGGAGCUCAAAAAUGACCUGAGCGUCUGUGAGAUCCUCCAUUCUGUGGAUCAGUAUCUCAACAUCAAACUAACCGACAUCAGUGUCACAGACCCUGAGAAAUACCCUCACAUAUUAUCGGUGAAGAACUGCUUCAUCCGAGGCUCAGUGGUCCACUAUGUGCAAUUGCCCGCACAUGAGGUGGACAUGCAGUUACUACAGAAUGUAGCGAGGAAGGAGACCCUGCAGCAGAAACAGUGAUGACUCCUCCUCUACUCCCCUUUCCUCUUCCAUUGGUGAUCCUUGACCUGGUGUCCCAGCCCAGGACCCCUCCUUCAUACUUAAGAUGUUUAUUGUUUUUCAAUAGUGAAGGUGCUUUUUUUAAAAAAGGGAUGAGUAGGUGAGAAGACUAAUUAGUGGGUAGCAGCUAUCCUCAGUGAGAAGGGGAAGAUAAGUUGUCUGGGGAACUGCAUUGUUCCUGGUCCCCAGCACAUGCCUUUCUUACUCCUUCCCCAGAGAUGGUGGGAGAAUCUCCUAGAUUUCCUGGGCAGCAUGUGAUUCAUUUGGGGGAAUGGAAGGAAUCUGUCCUGCAUCGGGAAUAAAAUUUAUGGUGCAAAAGUAAAUAAAGUGUGUACUGUAUAUCUAAUGCUGUAAGAGGCUCCCAAAUUAAUGCUGCUCUGGUGGAAACAAAGUGAUUUGUGAAACAGCCCUUUGCUAACAAAAUGGUCCUUUCUUUUUCCUCCCACCUAACAUAUCCCCCUGGUUAGUUUCCUUUUAACCUAUUAUUAGAAUGAAGAAGUCAUUUUGAUAUAUUAAUUUAAAAGAAAUUAUUCUAUAACUAAGAAAAACCAUGUAUCAUUGAAAUUAUAAAUAGCUGAUAUAUUAAUGGUAGAUGUAUGUCUUUCAAUGCUUGUAGAUGAAAAGAUAUGCAGAAUUAAUUCUGCUCUUCUAGUUACUGUUCUGUACUAAUCUAGCACAUUUUAAUACUGCUUUUUAUCUCUAUGUAGUAGAAAACUUUAAGGAAAAGAUAUGCCUCUUGCUAUUUACUUACCCAAAGGGAGAUUUUUGUUUAAUGGUUAAGAGAAAGUAGAAUUUUAAACAUCUUUAAUGGUCAUUUUACUAAUAAUAGAGUUAUUUUUUUUAAAUAUAUUUUAUUGAUUUAUUACAGAGAGGAAGGGAGAGAGAUAGUUAGAAACAUCGAUGAGAGAGAAACACCGAUCAGCUG